AUGGUGGUGAUACACUCAGUGCAGCUUGGAUUUUUGAGCUUGUCACAUUCUGGAUUCAGAAUUGGUCAGUCCAAGAAGUUGCGUUUGAGUGGGCGCCCACUGGAUCGGGACGUGGGCUUGUUGAGCACUAGUCGGUUAUAUCAAAUUGGACAAAAGUUUGUAAUUUUUACCCCUCAGCGAUUGCAGUUCAUGGACAGUCGUCGAUCUCACUUAAUGUAUGAUAUUCGCAUUUUAAUGGAUGAAUGGAGCUCGGAACUGCAAUAUAUAUACGCGUCGUGGAACUCGGUUAGCAUCAGCGGAAGACCACUAGUUGUGCUUGUUGUCAACAGCGACAUGCUGACUACGGUUCGUUUAGUCACGUCUAUGCCCCAACUUUUUGACCUAAGAUAUCAGUUUCUUUAG